AUGGAUUCAAGCAAGCAACCCACGGCUUUUAUUGGCCUAGGGGCCAUGGGAUUUGGAAUGGCGACCAACCUCAUCCGUCUCGGAUAUCCCGUCACGGGAUUCGAUGUCUAUGGGCCGACUCUGGACAAGUUCAAGAAAACAGGAGGCCUCACUGCGACGAGCCCGGCCGAAGCUGUCGCGGGCAAGGAGUUUUGUGUAUGCAUGGUUGCCACAGCGGAACAAGCACAAGGUGUCUUGUUUGAAGGUGAGGCUUCCGCUCUCUCGGCCCUUCCGCAAGGAGCUGUGGUGCUGCUGUGUUCCACGGUACCAUGUGGUUACGUUCAAGGUCUGCAAAAGGAGCUGCUGGCAAGAAAUCGAGGCGAUAUCGCUCUGGUGGACUGCCCUGUGUCUGGAGGUGCUGCCAGAGCCGCGGCGGGAACUCUAUCGAUCAUGGCCGGCGCGGAAGACGAAGCGAUCCGCAGAGGUCUUCACCUACUACAAGCCAUGUCGGAUCCUGCCAAGCUCUACAUCGUCAAGGGCGGCAUUGGAGCUGGAAGCAACAUGAAGAUGUGCCACCAGGUACUAGCGGCCAACCAGAUCCUCUCCUCGAGCGAAGCGUUGGGCUUUGCUACGCACUUGGGCUUGGAUCUCGCAAGCACUGGCGAGAUGAUUAUCAAGUCAGAGGGUUGGAGCUGGAUGUUCGAGAACCGACUACCACGCAUGCUCGACGCGCAGUUUGGGCCUCUGGCCAGCGCUGUCACGAUCAUCCUCAAAGAUACUAGUAUCAUCACUUCGGAAGCGCGGCGGGCUGGUUUCCCUACCCCGAUGACUUCUACGGCGGAGCAGGUCUAUUUCACUGGUCUCGGCAAAGGCUACGGCGCGGACGACGAUGCUAGUCUCAUCCGACUGUAUAUCGAAGGAGUGGGAAAGGUUGGGCCGGUUAAGCCUACCGUCACGUCCGAGGAAGGCAAGCUGGAGCUCAUCGUCAACCUACUUCGCGGUAUCCAUCUUUGUGCGGCGGCCGAGGCGAUUGCAUUUGCGCGUUUUGUUGGUCUGGACUUGGAGCAGGUCUUUGAGCUCUGUAUCAACGCGGCCGGUGGCAGCAGCAUGCUCUCUGGCGAAGGCCGACGUAUUGUGGAUGCCAUCUUGGAUGGGAGGGCAACGCACGAUUGGGCUGCCUCGAGUGGCGAGAGCCUGCUUCAGACAAUAUCUCACGAGCUUGAGGAGGUGGUCGACGAGGCGCAAAGACUGAAGCUGCCGCUGUUCCUCGGGACCCAGGCUCUCAACUUGAUCCGAAAUGUUUUGCUGAGGGCCGGACCAAAGGCGCCUGGUUUGGCACUUGGCUCGGUCGUCAGUGGUUGGACCGCAAGAGGCAACCCCGCGGCGUAG